AUAAGAUGUCUGAAUAAUAUCUUCAUGUAUCCAUAACACAAAGCCCUCUCCCUGUUCACGGGAAAAACCUCUCCGUGCCUCUCUAAUGGCGUCUCUUCUGUCCACAGCCAUUGACGCCUGUUUCAUUUCGCAGAGCUCUGACACGAAGAGGCAGAGCUUCUUCCCAAACCCAAAACCGUCACCUUUAAGACGAUGUCGGACCAAAAGACUCACCAUUUCCUGCAAUUCAUCGAAACCAGCUAAAACCCUAGAAGAAUAUCCGCUCACCGGCGCCAAAAGCCCAUCUCUGUCUGAACAGCUGAAGUCUCUCUCUGCAACGACGCUCAAACCGGAUCAAACCCAUGUCUUGUCUAAGCCAAAGUCUGUCUGGGUUAAUCCCGCAAGGCCCAAAAGGUCAGUUCUUUCACUUCAGAGGCACAAACGCUCGUCUUAUUCCUACAACCCUCAGCUUCAAGACCUCAAGGCUUUUGCCCAGAAGCUCAACAGCUCUGAAUUCACCGAAAAUUCCGAGUUUUUGGCUGUUCUCGAUGAAAUUCCACACCCACUCACCAGGGACAAUGCCUUGUUGGUGCUUAAUAGCUUGAGACCAUGGCAGAAAACCCAUCUUUUCUUUGGUUGGAUGAAGGCCCAGAAUCUGUUCCCCAUCGAAACCAUAUUUUAUAACGUCACGAUGAAAUCUCUGAGGUUUGGGAGGCAGUUUCAGCUCAUUGAGGAGCUUGCGCUUGAAAUGGUAAGGGAUGGGGUUGAGCUUGAUAACAUUACUUAUUCCACUAUAAUUACAUGUGCAAAGAGGUGCAGUCUUUAUGACAAAGCUAUUGAAUGGUUUGAGAGAAUGUAUAAAACCGGUCUGAUGCCGGAUGAGGUCACUUACUCUUCAGUUCUUGAUGUUUAUGCCAAGUUGGGCAAGGUUGAGGAGGUACUCAGUCUUUAUGAGAGGGCCGUGGCUACGGGGUGGAAACCCGAUCCUUUAACGUUUUCAGUGUUGGGAAAGAUGUUCGGUGAGGCAGGGGAUUAUGAUGGGAUUAGGUAUGUUCUUCAAGAGAUGAAAUCCAUGGAUGUAAAGCCUAAUGUGGUUGUGUACAAUACUUUGUUGGAGGCAAUGGGCAAGGCCAAGAAGCCAGGUUUGGCUAGGAGUCUGUUCAAUGAGAUGCUCGAGUCAGGUUUAACUCCGAAUGAGAUAACUUUAACAGCUCUUGUCAAGAUUUACGGUAAAGCGAGGUGGGAGAAAGAUGCCCUUCAAUUGUGGAAGGAAAUGAAGGCUAGGAACUGGCCAAUGGACUUCAUUCUGUACAACACAUUGCUGAACAUGUGUGCGGAUAUCGGGUUGGAGGAAGAAGCAGAGACGCUGUUUUGUGAUAUGAAGCAGUCCAUGCAAUCUAAGCCGGAUAGUUUUAGUUACACAGCAAUGCUGAAUAUAUAUGGCAGUGGAGGGAAAGUUGACAAAGCCAUGGCAUUGUUUGAAGAGAUGUUGGAAGCCGGAGUUCAACUUAACGUGAUGGGUUGCACUUGUUUAAUCCAAUGCUUGGGAAAAGCAAGAAGGAUCAAUGAUUUGGUUAAAGUAUUUAACCUUUCGAUUCAACGUGGAGUUAAGCCUGAUGACAGGCUAUGUGGCUGUCUUCUUUCAGUCGUGGCCUUGUGUGAGACCAGUGAAGAUACUGAUAAGGUAAUGGCGUGUUUGGAGAAGGCCAAUCUGAAGCUGAUCUCCUUUGUGAAGCUAAUCAUGGAUGAGAAAACCGGGUUUGAAACUGUUAAAGAAGAAUUCAGGUCGGUGAUCAGUGAAACCCAAGUGGAAGCCAGAAGACCCUUCUGCAACUGCUUGAUAGACAUAUGCAGGAACAAGAAUCACCAUGAGAGAGCUCGUGAGCUUCUCUAUCUGGGAACACUCUUUGGGCUGUAUCCUGGACUUCACAACAAAACCCUAAAAGAGUGGAGCUUAGACGUAAGGUCACUGUCCAUUGGUGCUGCUGAAACUGCCCUUGAAGAGUGGAUGAGGACACUGGCCACCAUUGUUAGACGCCAAGAGGAUCUUCCUGAGAGGUUCUUGGCUCAAACCGGGAUGGGAACUCACAAAUUCGCGCAGGGAUUAGGGAACUCGUUCUCAUCUCACCUUGAAAAGCUCUCUGUGCCUUUCAGACCAUGCCAGGAAAAGGCAGGUCGCUUUGUGGCUACAAGGGAUGAUUUGGUAUUCUGGUUGGAGUCAAAGUUUCAACCUUUGGUUGCUUCCCAGGCAUAGAACAUCGUUGUAACCAAUAGCAACUAUUGUUUUCCCAAAAUCUGUUGAUAUGCGUAAUACCAUAUUGAUUUUCAGACACA